ACUCUUUCCUUCCAAAGUCUGGGAUUCUUGGUCAAAACUUAGAGAGUAGUCCCCUACCCAAUAAGAGGUCAUAAUUACAUUCAAGGCAUUUCUUCUUCCUUAUUCCAUAUAUUCCAAAUUUUGUAGUAUGGCCUUUGGAAAUUGGGCUAGUUAAAUGGUAUUAAUUUUUUACUGAACAAAUUUAUCUCCCUUGCGAUGUGUUAAGCACCUACAUUUCCAAUUAACUGCUUCUGUUUAUGGGUUAUUAGAUGAAUAAUCACAAUUGUAGAAAAGUGCUCAAAAAGUUACUUCAUUUUUCUGUUUUUACCUCUUCCUGUUUUCUAAAGGUUGUCACCGUAACUCUAACUAUUGUAUUGAAACUAUUUACUUCCUAUUUCUGAACUGGCCUAAGUUUCCUCUCUGCCUGGCUUUUUCUCUUCCUCAGUAGGGCCAGAAGUGGUACUUCUCUCAGUGAGUUCAAGGGAUGGGCCAAAAGCUCCUGUCUGUUGUGUUAUUUUAUUUGCUGCAGUGGAUGUAGAAAUUCUUCCCACGGCCUGCAGUAUGAGAAGAAUAAGAGUAAGAAUCAUUAGAAGUCUCUAAAAGCAGGCAGCCAACAUCACAUAGAGUCUAAGAAAGAUCCUCAAGCCUUUUUAUCUCCUUUUAUCUGGUAAGAGAAACUGAUCGUUUUGUGCCUAUGGAUUGCAUCUUUGGUUCAAGUCAGGUUGUUGACUUUUUUGAUCAAAUAGCCAUAGCUGAAGAAUUCUCUGCUCAUCAGAAAGAUCAUUCCAGUGCCUGGCAUGCGCCAGCGGCUGUGAGAUGGAGGUGCCCCCGGCCAGCUGUACAACCAUCCCAGCUACAAACCAGCCGGUACAGACCCUGGGCCUCCCAGCCUCCCAUACCAAGCAGCCGUCUCCGCAUCUCACCGGCCCCGUCAUCUUGCAGCCUGAACAAAGUCUGCCUCCGACGGUGUACCUGAAGGCCCUCACCAUCCCCUUGUACCACCCGGUCCAGUCCGGAUGCUUCCCGCCAAGUCACCCGCUGGUAGCCAGUGGGGGCAGCUUCAGCCUGGACAGCAGCAGCCUUCCCCUCAUCUUGAGCCCACUGCUGCACUCAGAGAGGACAGAAGCACCCCAGCCAAGGAAGCCUCCGAGCCAAACGCUGACUGUGAACAUCGUGGGUGCUCUCCCCGUCUUGUCCCCCGCUGCCUCCUGCUCAAACACAGCUUUGGGGAGCCCGGGGAAGUCUCGCAACGCAGGCAAAUACCUCUGCCAGCACUGUGGGCGGGACUGCCUAAAGCCCAGUGUGCUUGAGAAGCAUAUCCGUUCCCACACAGGGGAGAGGCCUUUCCCUUGUACCACUUGUGGCAUUGCCUUCAAGACCCAGAGCAAUCUGUACAAGCACAGGAGAACUCAGACACACAUCAACAAUACCCGACUAUCCUCCGAGUCUGACGGCAGCAGCCUCCUGGAAGAGGGGGACAGGCUGGGAGAAGCCCUCCCACAGGCCUCCAAGACAGAGCAGAGUGGGGAGGAAAAAGAAGAUGCAGGAGAGGAAGAUGGCACUGUGGAAAUCACCAGCUCUCCGGGUACCCAGGAAAUCGGGCACACGGGGCUCUCGGCCCUGAAUUCUUUUUCAUUCAAGAGCCUGGAGGUUUCUCCCAGUCAUGGGCCCACCCUUGGGACCUCCGACAAGGAGAUCCCCUUAGAACCUCCCCCCAGGGCUUCCCCAGGACUCUUGCCAGCUGGCGUGCCCCAGAGAUGGAAGAUGCAGGAACAGCGGUCUCCAACAGCCAGUAAGCACAGCCAGCUGCAGAGACAGCAAGCGACCUACUCGGAGAAGCACUGGGACUUUAAGGUGUCUGAAGGCAAGCUGAAGAAAUGUGAGAGCACAGACUCGGGCUACCUCUCACGGUCUGACAGCGUGGAGCAGCAGGUUCUGUCCUCCAGUCCCCUGCACAGCCUGUCUGAACACAGCGUGGAGUCCGAGAAUGAGACCCCACCAGGUCUCCCCAAGGGGAUGGCGUCAGCUGGGGCCAAAGGCCAUCCUGGGGAAAGAGCGACCGCCCUGAUCCUGGAGAAGAAGAAGCUGGAGGAGCACAUUUCCAAGCUCAUCUCCCACAAUAAGGCUGUGGUGGAUGACACCCAGCUGGACAAUGUCAGGCCCAGGAAGACCAUCCUCUCAAAGCAGGGCAGCAUUGAUCUCCCAAUGCCUUACACCUACAAGGACUCCUUCCAUUUUGACAUCAGAUCCCUCAAUACCACCCGGAAGAAGAAUAUUACAUUAUGCUCUGUCAAAUCCACCUUCACUCCCCUCGAAAAAUCCAAGCCUCUCUUCUUCCAUUCAGUCCCUACUCAGUUUUCCACCACUGUGGAUUGUGUGCCUGUCACAAGGAGCAAUUCCCUGCCAUUUGUUGAAGGCUCCAGAACCUUUCAGGACAAAGGGGAGAACCCUUGGGCGUCUUGCCUCUCAAAGCCGUCCCCAAGCCCUGGCUCCUCCCACCAUCUGCAGGAUGACAGUUCUGUCCCUCGGGCUGUGGAUUUUCCCAGCAGUCACCCUCGGGCCCUGGUCAGACAAGCUGCGGUGGAGGAUCUGCCCCUUAGCCAUCCCGCUGAUAGUCAGGCAUCCGUGGAAGAGCACAGUGGUGGGAAAAAACUGAGUGGGGAGGGGAGCUCUGUGAGAUGCAAGGUGGCAGGAAAGAAGUUCAGUCAAAAAAAACUGAAGAUGUUCUCCCAGGAGAAGUGGCAAAUGUAUGGGGACGAAACGUUUAAGAAAAUAUAUCAGAAAAUGAAAACCAGUCAAAGUAUCAAGAAGCCAAGGGAAACAAAGCUGUGUGACAUGAGAAUCUUGGGCUCUGAUACAAAGGAGACUGAGGACGGAGAGGGCAUGGCAGGGCCCAGAGAUACCAGGGCUUCCACAUGUGGGGCUGUUAUUUCAAAUUCCCAGGUCACGUCUCCGUUGGUGGCAAAAGUUACAGAGUCCGACUCUGUGGGACACCAAGCCCAAGCAGUUUCAUUAUCUGAGAAUCUGAGUAGUUUUGCAGAACCCAAGGAAACAUCUCAGCUGAUAGGAAGCAGUUGCCAUCCUAGAGUGAACAGAGCCGGGUCAUCCCCCACCCUGAGCUGGAGCAUCACCUCCAAUACGGUUAAUCACAUAGGUAGCCAGGACCCUUUGACAGCUCCUAAUGGCCGGCAGGCAGUGGUGCCCCAGAUGCCAAAGGAAGCCUGUGCAUCUUGUCCCCAUGCCCUCAGUGCUGAUGAUAGGAAGUCUUUCACUGCCAUUUCACAAGACUCUUCCUCCCUUAUCCUAGAUCAGGAAACUGUUCCUCUCAAUGAUGGGGAAGACCAGGAAAGGUGUCAACGGGCCCAAAUGUCUCUGAGGUUGCACAGUUGUAGCCCUGGCAAAACUUUGCCAGAGUCAGAACAGCUCCCAUCUGAGAGAAAAAAACUAAAGGUGGAGGAACUGAAUAGUAAAAAGAAUUGGGUGUUCCUGGAAUCAGAAGGGGAAGGAAAUACAAUGUCAGAUUGUUCCUCCCCUGCUACCUCCGCAGAAUCUAGGACAGAUAACAUUCAGUGGGGAGAGGGUGGCUUAGAUACAAGACCAAGGGAGUGCAGCAGGAGUAUUGAAGAUAUCUCGGAGAAAGAGGGAGAUAGUAGUGAGGGGAGUGGUACAGGAGAGGCCAUGUCAUCUGUCUCAGAUGCAGAGAAUGUGUCAUUAGCAUCAUUUUCUGCUAUAUUGGGGCUUGGAUUGAGAAAAGACUCCAAACAUUCUUCUUUUUGUGACUCUGCAGCUGGAGGGACCAGGAAAGUUUCUGAGCCCCCAGAAGAAAGUCAUUUCCCUUCUUUGAUUACAGCUACAAGUGCCACUUCUAGGCUGGCCAUUCCUCAGAAAGAGAAUGCGUUUUCUCCAAAGUACAUCCUCCAGUUACCCCAAGAAGAUUCUCGAACUGAAUUAUCCAUUACCAUGAGCAAGGAGCAGCAAGAUAGGUCCUUUAGAGGCAGCAAAAAGAUUGAAUCUCUGGCUGGGUCUUUAUCUCUUCCCCAGGCAGAAUGUGCAGCAGGUGGGAUGGGCUUGCCGCUGAAUAGUGGAACAUCCACUAUGGCUGUGACAUCUUGUUUGCCUCCCAGACCCUCCCCCUCCAUCAGCACCCUUCCUGAGCUAGCCAGCGGCAGGGAGAGUCCCAAACACACCCAGCCAAGAGAUGAGAGAGCAGGGACUGGAGACCCGGCGGUCAGUGAGGCACAAGCAGCCGAGGAGGCCAUAGGCAGAGCCGGGGGCUGCUCCCCGCAGGCCCCUGAAAAGGUUCCUUUUGCCUCCGUAUACACAAGUAGCUUUCUCUUAGCGGAUGACAUUAAAAGGGAGGGUCAGCUCUUGCGCCACCUCCAUUCCGGGAGUACCACUUUACUGGUGACGACCACGUCUGGGAGAAGAGUCUCUGCUUGGGAUAGUCCUGAACAGCGGCUUCCGGGCUGGGAGCGGGGCGAGCCUUCCUCCCCCGGGCCGCAGCAUCCUCGGGAAGGCUCGGUGAGCUCUCCCAGGUCCCUGGAGAACACCAGCAGGUGCCACUCAUUUGAAAGCUUUUACUGCCAUGCCCUUCCUACUCCGCCCCGAGCCUCCCCUACCUGGCCCCAAGUCAGCCCGACUUCCCACUCAGGGUCCCCUCGGAGCUUGGGGGCCAGGGGCUCCUUCCCUUCACUGAGUGCUGAGCCUCGCCUUACGUGGUGUUGUCUCAGCAGGAGCCUGCCUCUGCCCGCGGAGCAGAAGGAGAAGGCCCACUCGGUGUACUCUUCCUUGCAUAUCUGUGACAAUAACUCUGGGGAAGAAGGUGCAAGUUCUAGGAGGGACUUUCUCAAUGUGAGAAACACGGCCCAGGCAGUCACCGACGGACUGACAAGUGGAAGCCUGAAAACACUGGUCUCUUCACUGUCUUGGGGGCCGCAGAAACAAAAGCUGUCCCGGGCAAUAGGUGCAGGGAGAGUGUCUGGUGAAAAGGUUUCAGAGCCAAAGAAGAAGAGAGAAGUACCCUGUAGGAGGGGAAAGGCGCCUACAAAUCUUCCUGGUGUGAGCAACAAGCAGAAGAGAAAGAUCCACCCCAAGAGGUAUAAACGGGGUCAUCUACAAGGAUGUGCACAUCUGAAAGCAAGCCGACUUUGGAAGCAACACUGGCUCCUGAGAAAACAGCAGUUUGCUUCUACACAGGAAGCCCUUGAAGAAGGCAAGACUUGUUCUUUACCAAGCCAAGCAGGUCCAGAUUUACAAGGGAAGUCAUCUGGCACAAUCUCAGAACUGUCACUUUCCUGUGAGGAUGACCUGAAGAGUGAAGAUAACAGUAAAAAUAACUCAGGAAACUUUUCUCACAGUGAUCUGCCUCCAUCUGCUAGUGAGCAUGGUGAUCCCUCUGUUCAGAACACUACCACCACUUCAGAAUUACCUCUGCAAACACAUCGUGGUUUGGCCACAGCCAAGACUGAGUCUUUUGCAUAUGAUAGUGGCCUCCACACUGGAUUGCUGUUGAGUUCUUCCCAACACGCAUCGAAACACAUUUCAACAGACUCAGCUUCAAAAAGUUACUUAGAUCCUUUGGGCCCCUCUUAUUUGGAUGCCAGGGGAAUAAUUCAUCAUCCUGAUGCUGUCACAUCUGGGUCUGCCAUUUCUAUUUCUUUAAGGCCCAACCCAAACCACAAAGCCCUGAGAAUUCACAGCGAUGAGUCUCAGGCUCAAGGUUCAGCUACAUCAGAGCCUCUGUCACAAAACAUCCCAAACAGAGAACCUGGGGUAGUAGGUAAGUGUUGUUCGCCUUUAUCAGAGAAACCCUCACCUGCAUCGAGAGCGCCAGGCUCAGCCUCGAUGGGCACGACUGGAAAAACUCCACUGGAAGCACCAGUUUCAGGACUUAGUACAAGUAGUUUACAUCAGGUGGCAGUGAGACCCCAGACAUUCUUUUCUACCAGUAGCUAUUACAGCUGUGGGGAAAAGCAGGGAACCUGCACAGGUGGAAGGGAUGGUAGGAAAAACCAAGAAACUGGAAUGGUCACAGUUAAAGAGAACAUCGUUGCUGCUGGUCCUGGAGAGUCCUCAGAUCUCUCUGCAGUAGCUUCUAAAACUCUCAAGAAGAGGAGCCUAGAAGGGAUGAGGAAGCAAACUCGAGUGGAAUACAGUGACACCAGUAGUGAUGAUGAAGACCGCUUAGUUAUAGAAUUGUAGAGACUAGAAAACAGACCCGGCGAUUUUAUAAAAGAAUGCAGGGAAUAGAAAUACUGACAGACAUAAACGCCACUGAGCUGUUAGGAAAACCGAAUUUUUCUCCUAGUGUAUCUUAAGAUUCGAAAAAGAAAAUCUUGGAUGCUAGAGGCUUACUACCUUCUACUGUAUGGCUCUAGAUGAAACUAGUGUAGACAUUUAGUUCUCUAAAGGUAAUCAUGAAAUUGUUUCUGAACAGAAUCUGUAAAUAUUCUCUGUAUGUUACCUCCCUUCUACAUUAAGAGUUUCUUUAUAUCCCCUCUUUCCUUUCUCUUUUGAGUUUUCUCAAUCCUUUGCUCCCUAGAAGGGGCACCUUGACUGUUUACAAGUAUCAAAGUCUAUAAAAUGUUGGGGGACCAUUUUCCUCAGCCAGUGAGGGUCAUGUUAAAGAUGAGGAAGAUCAAGUACACUACCCCUAGGGUCAAUGUGUUUAGAAAUUAGGUUUAGGGUUUUUGGAUAAUUGAGUCAUGUCAAAUGGGUAUCAUGGAUUUAGACCUAUAAAGGGACCUGAGAGAUCAUAUCUGAACCUUUUCAUUUUAUGAAUGAGAAAACUGGGGCCUAGAAACGUUAAAUGACUCAUCUAGGAUUACAUACUAGGUGGCAGAGUGGUCAUUCAAACCCAGGUCUUUUGACUCCAAAUCAAGCUCUGUUUCUUUACAACACAGUCCCCCAAUUCUGGAUAAUUGAAUUCUGAUUUACACAAACCCCUGAAGUUUGAUUAUCUACUCUUUAGUGGAAAUUGAAAGAUAUUCCAAACAUAUAUGACAUUUUGAAAUAAUGAUCAUUUUAAAAUGUUGCAUAAAUGACCAAUGCUCAUUUAUGAUCAUAUAAUACAACCAUGCUCUGCUUUUGUGGCUGGUAUCUUUUCUGUUGAGAACUUUAAAAAUCCUUGAUUUUGCAGUAAUUCUUUGAGAGCACUGACAUUUAAAAGGUAAUUAUGAAGUAAAUCUCUGUAUAUUAUAAAAAUCAGACCAGAAACAGAUUAAAAAAAAUUUAACCUUCUUAGCCAUAACAUGACUCAGACAAUAAAAUAACAGGCACAUGCCUGAAUAUAGAUUUACUAUAUUCUUAGUUUAUCUAGUUUAAAUGGGAUAGAAAAGUUUGAAGAGGUUUGCACAGCUGUUAUAAUUUUAUACUUGCCUUUGGUACGAUUUUGUACUCUUUUGAAAUUUAUAUUGUAGGGAUCUUUUGGGUUUAUUUUCUUGUAAUAAUGCUCAUAUGCUAGCUUAUGCAUCAGAGGAAAGAUGAAAAUAAUAAAUAUCUCAUGCAUCUGAUGGUAAUGUUGUAAUGGAUCCUAGCUCUUGUCUAU